CACAUGCGUCUGAACAUGCUCUGAGUGGGCACAUGAUUUUUUCUCGCCCUUUUACCGCUCGUUUUUUUUGUUCUAGUCAUGAACAAAGAUGAAACAAAAAACGAUCAGAUGAUCAAUAGUGUCGCAGUCAGUGCAGCGUCAAAGGAAAAAGAUGAAAGAGCAUUCAAAUUUAAAGCUGCAGCUUUCCUUGCCGGCGUGACUGGUGUUUCGAUUCUUUUUGGAUUUGGUACUACUCUCGCCGCGGCCAAGAAGAAGGAUCCUCAUUUUUUCGACCAAGGUCUGACUGGCCGCAUCGAAAAACAAACGACAAAGCCAAUUUCAAGUCAAACGACUGCAGCAGUGAGAAGACGUGUUCCAGUAUCAAUCUCAUCUGUGGAGCCGGGCGCAUCCUUAGCUAUUCGAGCUCUCGGUUGGGGCACUCUUUAUGCAGUGACAGGAUGUUCUGUACUGUUCUACGGCAUCUGGAAACUUAUGGCUGUUAAUGACUUGAAAGAGUUUCGAUUGAAAGUUGGUACUUGGCUUCCGACCGUCCCACGAAACAAUCCUCAGGGUCGUACGGAAUUUUCUGGUCUCAACGAUUUAUUGCAGCACAUUAUCGACGUUGACAAGGAGAAGAAAGAGUCGUCCAACAGAAAUGAUACCAAGUGAUACCAAACACAUAGUGCGUAUGUGUCUUUUUCUCAUCCAAACUCUAGUAGAUCGGUGUAAUCCCCAACAAAGCCAUUUCUAUUUACAUUUCGAAAGUUGACUAAGAUAGAAUACGAGUAGUUCAGUAUUAAUAAAAACGUUUUCUGUGUUAUUUAUUUCGCUUUUUGUAAUUUUUCCUAAGAUUUCAGAUUAGAUUUAGUAGGCAGACAGAACACACAGAUUAGCUGGAACAGAAAAUGCUUUUAGUAAUGCGUGAAGAAUUUUUUUUUUUUUUUUUUUUUUAAUGAGACUUCAUAGGCAUUGAAAACAGAAAUAUCUUGUUGAAGUGUUGGGUAGCUAAUGUUUUUAUUACUGAAGUCUCUACUGUCCAUUGCGAAAAGCGGCUAUCUAUUUGGCACUGUUUUUUUUUUUUUUUUUUUUUUUUUUCCAAAUUCUUUCCUUAUAUAUUAUUGUUGUUUAAUAUUACGAGGAAAUUAUUAUUGCAUGAAAUAGUGUUCGGUUUUUAGGCUCACUGCUCUUUAGUAAAUGGCGGGAUCUUGUGGAAUAGAAAGAGUGAGAAUUUACUCUCCAUCUAGGAUUCUGGUUCUAAAGUUAGUAAGCAUCACCCACUUGGGCACUUCCAUUUCAAACUCUGUUAUUGCUGAACUUAACGUUGAUGAUUCGUCUUGUUCGUUCUCAUCUCAAUCCUAACCAAAAAUGUUUUUGUUUGAUUUGGUCCCCAAUAGUGUCGUUGUUGGCGUCAUUUUAAUAGUGGCCUUGAAAAUAUAUUUUGAAAUUUCAAUGGGAGUUUGUAAAAGUACGAAGAGACUUGAUGGGAAAACAAUUAUAGUUACAGGUGCGAAUAGUGGUAUCGGUAAAGAAACUGCCAUUGAUCUCGCACUAAGAGGUGGUCGUAUAAUUUUAGCCUGUCGAAAUUUGGAAAAAGCAACCCUAGCCAAAGAUGAUAUUAUUGAAAAAUCAGAAAACAACAAUAUAGUAAUCAAGCUACUUGAUUUGGCCUCUUUGGAUUCUGUCAGAGAAUUUGCAGCUGAUGUGUUGAAAAAUGAGCCCAAACUACAUAUUCUCAUCAACAAUGCUGGAUGUGCUUUUAUUGGAAAGAAAAUGACAAAGGAUGGUUUAGAAAACCAAAUGCAAACUAACUACUUUGGCCAUUUUUUGCUUACAAAUUUGUUGAUAGGUUUGAUGAUCAAGACUGCUGAAUUGGAAGAAGAAUGUACUCGCGUCAUCAACGUCAGCUCCUAUGCCAACAACUUCUGUAAUAAUUUGGAUUUAAAUGAUCUGAAUUUUGUUCAUGACAGUACAGCGGGGACACUGUGGGCACCUUUUAAAAUUUACGGAGCGUCGAAGCUGUGUAACAUUCUCUUCAGCAAAGAACUUUCCAACAAACUCGAACGCCAUGGAAAAGCUGUUACUGUGAAUUCUCUUCACCCAGGUGCAGUGCUAACUGAAUUUGGUCGUUUUUCCAGAGUAGUCACCGUUAUUAUGAGAAUCUUCGCCUCCUUUUUGAAGUCUCCAAAAGAAGGCGCACAAACCACAAUUUAUUUGGCGGUCGCCGACGAUGUUGCAAACGUGACAGGACAAUAUUUCUGCGAUUGCAAGAUUGCUGAACCUUCAAAGCUGGCUCAAGAUGAUGGAAUUGCAAAAAAAUUGUGGGAAAUUAGCGAAACGAUCGUUAAGUUGGAACCAACAGAAAAACAGUUUAUCAUCGUUGCCAUAAGUUUUGACACUAUUCAAGUCUUCGGCAGUGUUGGAAAUAAACACAAUCAACGACGUUUAAUCCCUAAGUUGGAUGUGAAGAUUCGUCUUGCUCAAUUCAAUCCUUUCCAAAUGUUUUUGUUUAAUUUUGAUUUUCCCAAUAGUGUCAUUUUGGGCACCAUUUUUAUUGUGACUAUAAAAAUAUAUUCAGAAGUCAUAAAGGGAUCCUGUAGAAGCAAGAAGAGACUUGAAGGGAAAACAAUUAUUAUUACAGGUGCAAAUACUGGCAUUGGUAAAGAAACUGCCCUAGAUCUCGCACUAAGAGGUGGUCGUAUAAUUUUAGCAUGUCGAAAUCUGAAAAAAGCAAGUCUAGCUAAAGAUGACAUUGUUGAAAAAUCCGGAAACUCUAAUGUAUCAAUCAAGAAGCUUGAUUUGGCUUCUUUUGAUUCUGUCAGAGAAUUUGCAGCUGAUGUAUUGAAAAAUGAGCCCAAACUUCACAUCCUCAUCAACAAUGCUGGAUGUGCUGGGAUUGAGAAAAGAAGGACUGUUAAUGGUUUAGAAAACCAAAUGCAAACUAACCACUUUGGACAUUUUUUGCUUACAAAUUUAUUAAUAGGUUUGAUGAUUAAGACUGCUGAAUCGGAAGAAGAAUGUACUCGCGUCAUCAACGUCAGCUCCUAUGCCAACAACUUCUGUAAACAUUUGGAUUUAAAUGAUCUGAAUUUUGUUCAUGACAGUACAGCGGGGACACUGUGGGCACCUUUUAAAAUUUACGGAGCGUCGAAGCUGUGUAACAUUCUCUUCAGCAAAGAACUUUCAAACAAGCUCGAAUGCCAUGGGAAAGCUGUUACUGUGAAUUCUCUACACCCAGGUGCAGUGCUAACUGAAUUUGGUCGUUUUUCCAGAGUAGUCACCGUUGUUAUGAGAAUCUUCGCCUCCUUUUUGAAGUCUCCAAAAGAAGGCGCACAAACCACAAUUUAUUUGGCGGUCGCCGACGAUGUUGCAAACGUGACAGGACAAUAUUUCUGCGAUUGCAAGAUUGCUGAACCUUCAAAGCUGGCUCAAGAUGAUGGAAUUGCCAAAAAAUUGUGGGAAAUUAGCGAAACGAUCGUUAUGUUGGAACCAACAGAAAAAUAUUUUUAAAGGGUUAUUUGUGGCCGUCACUCGGUCUCAUCCUAGAAACCUUAUAUGUUCUUCCAGUUUAUCAUCGUUUGCCAUAAUAAGUUUCGACACUAUUCAAGUCUUCGGUAGUGUUGGAAAUAAACACAAUCAACGUAUA